UGCAACCCCAGCAGCCUCCGAACAUCGUCUGUUUGUUUGACGCCGGAAAUCAGUCGCAAUGGCCAAGUCCAAGAACUCGUCUCAGCACAACCAGUCGCGGAAGGCUCACCGCAACGGUAUCAAGAAGCCUAAGACUUCCAGAUACCCUUCCCUCAAGGGCACUGACCCCAAGUUCCGCCGCAACCAUCGUCAUGCUCUCCACGGCACCGCCAAGGCUCUGAAGGAGUUCAAGGAGGGCAAGCGCGAGACUGCUUAGAUUUCCUCUACCCAACAUCUGUCGGGAGGCGUCAAAUGAAAUACCAUUCUGAAUGACGAAACAUUCAUUCGGGACAGACAACAUGAUGACCAUUAUACGGCGUACACGGUGAAAUUGUGAUGUUCAAAGGUUGCGAUUUACUCUCUUGAUAUUCAGUCACAACAUGGUUACCCUCCGAUCUCUCUCGACUGGGCGCGCACACAGCAAACAGUUAACCCCGAUUCGAUAUGUGAACGACCGAUGGACGCACGAAAUUGGAUAUCCCUCCAGCCAGCACCACCCCAUACCAUGCUCCGAGCAACUCAAGACCGACCGCAUAACUUUGUCUCUGCCCUUCCUGACAGAUUCCCCGCUUCUGAAUCCCCUUUCCUAUGGGGACUGAACGGCAUCAGUGUGUACAACAUCGGGCUCAUAUACCUACGCUCACGUGUUGAAGGAUUUUAUCGUGCCAAGAAGAACACUUUGCCGUACUACUCGUACACUUUGAUUCUCUACACUCCAAGGACCCUCGUGCAUGGAAGGACGGCGACAUCCCAUCGUUUCGCGACCCUGUCCUCUCCCUUUGCCUUUUGUGGAUUUCCUGCUUUCAUGGAGUUAUGGUUUCAAUGGUUUGCCCUGUGCCUUGAUGAUUCAUUGCGAUGUUUUCCCGGAUCAUUAAAUGCUUUGCAUGUUUGCACUUACCAAGGCAGUGCCUUAGUCUAAGAAACGCGAAAUACAAGAAGGUUUUGAUACUCUUU